GGCGGCUUCCGGGGUGGCUUUGGCAGUGGAGGCCGAGGACGGGGCCGCGGACGGGGCAGGGGCCGGGGAAGAGGACAUGGGGCCCGCGGAGGCAAGGCAGAGGACAAAGAAUGGAUUCCAGUCACCAAACUUGGUCGCUUGGUCAAAGACAUGAAGAUCAAGUCCCUAGAAGAGAUCUACCUUUUUUCCCUUCCAAUCAAGGAGUCUGAAAUCAUUGACUUUUUCCUGGGCUCCUCUCUGAAAGAUGAGGUUUUGAAGAUCAUGCCGGUGCAGAAACAGACCCGUGCCGGUCAACGAACCAGGUUCAAGGCUUUUGUUGCCAUCGGCGACUACAACGGCCCAGGCCUGUUUUAA